CAAAAUAACACAUGAACUUUGUUAGUUUAUACAGAAUCUUACUUGUCAUCUUCUAAAAUGCAUGCAUACAUGAUUUGUUUGUAAACAAACUCUUUUUCUGUCUUUUCCCAUAUGCACCCUCUCCUGGAUCUUCUUGCAGCAGGGGUCAGCCAAAGACCUUCGCCUAUGACUACUGUUUUUGGUCGAUGGAUGAGUCUGAGACAGAGAAGUUUGCUGGCCAAGAUGUAGUGUUUCAGUGCCUUGGGGAGAGUCUUUUGCACAAUGCCUUUCAGGGUUACAACGCCUGUAUUUUUGCAUAUGGGCAGACUGGCUCUGGGAAGUCAUACACCAUGAUGGGUUCGGCAGACCAACCCGGUUUGAUCCCCAGACUCUGCAGUUCUCUGUUUGAGCGGACCAUUCAGCACCAGCGAGAGGAAGAGAGCUUCACCGUGGAAGUCUCUUAUAUGGAAAUCUACAAUGAGAAAGUCCGGGACCUUUUGGACCCCAAAGGGAGUCGACAGGCCUUAAGAGUGAGAGAGCAUAAAGUUUUGGGGCCUUAUGUUGAUGGUCUAUCAAGGCUUGCGGUAGAAAGUUACAAGGACAUUGAGUCCUUGAUGUCUGAGGGGAAUAAAUCCCGUACUGUGGCGGCCACCAAUAUGAAUGAGGAAAGCAGUCGCUCACAUGCUGUUUUCAAAAUCAUCCUCACGCACACACUAAAGGACCUGCAGUCGGGGACAAGUGGGGAAAAGGUGAGUAAGCUGAGUUUGGUGGACUUGGCAGGAAGUGAGAGAGCUGCAAAGACAGGCGCUGCAGGCGAGCGGCUCAAGGAAGGCAGCAACAUUAACAAGUCUUUAACCACUCUGGGUUUGGUGAUCUCAGCUCUGGCAGACCAGGGUGCUGGAAAGAACAAGAACAAGUUUGUGCCCUACAGAGAUUCGGUGCUGACAUGGCUGCUUAAGGACAGUCUGGGUGGAAACAGUCGGACUGCUAUGGUUGCCACUAUAAGCCCUGCGGCAGAUAAUUAUGAUGAGACGCUGUCAACAUUGCGCUAUGCAGACCGAGCAAAGAGCAUCGUCAACCACGCCGUGGUCAACGAAGACCCCAAUGCCAGGAUCAUCCGGGAACUGCGAGAAGAGGUGGAGAAACUGCGAGAUCAGCUGACGCAGGCUGAGUCGAUGAAGGCACCAGAUCUGAAGGAGAGACUGGAGGAAUCGGAGAAAUUGAUACAGGAGAUGACGGUCACCUGGGAAGAGAAGCUGAGGAAGACCGAGGAAAUCGCACAAGAGAGACAAAAACAGCUGGAGAGUCUUGGCAUCUCUCUGCAGUCAUCUGGUAUCAAGGUUGGAGAAGAUAAAUGCUUCCUGGUCAACCUCAACGCUGACCCUGCCCUUAAUGAACUAUUGGUUUAUUAUCUAAAGGAACACACUAAGGUCGGAUCAGCAGAUUCACAGGACAUCCAGCUUUGUGGAAUGGGCAUCCAAGCAGAGCAUUGUGUCAUUAACAUCACACCUGAGGGAGCUGUCUUUCUCAACCCUUACAGAAACUCAAGAACAUGUGUGAACGGAUCUCCAGUCACCAGCCGGCAGCAGCUUCACCAUGGUGACCGUAUUUUUUGGGGAAACAAUCACUUUUUCAGGAUAAACUUACCGAAACGGCGCUUGAGGGGUGAGGAAGAGGAGGGUGAGGGAGGGAACAUGAAGAACAGUAACAGCAGUGAGCAGCUGGACGGAGAGGGAGACACGGCCAGCGAGGUGUCCAGUGAGGUCAGCUUCAGCUACGAGUUUGCUCAGACUGAAGUCAUGAUGAAGGCUUUGGGCAGCAACGACCCCAUGCAGGCGGUUUUGCAGACACUGGAGCGCCAACAUGAGGAGGAGAAGCAGAGUGCUCUCGAGCGCCAGCGACUGAUGUACGAGCAGGAGCUGCAGCAGCUGCGCAAACAGCUGACUCCAGACAGACAGAGCAUGCAGAUACCGCAGUCGCAGCCCUUGCAGCCGCAGUACCGCAGCUGGGAGAGACUGAGCCAGGGAGGAAUGUCGUCAUCACCCAGCGCCCAGCACCGCCUGCGCCAGUGGAGCGAGGAGAGGGAGGUGGUGCUAACGCGGAGCUUCAGGAAACUGAGGGAGCAGAUCGUACGGGCUAAUCUGUUGGUGCAGGAGGCCAGCUUCAUCGCUGAAGAGCUGGACAAGAGAACAGAAUACAGAGUUACUCUACAGAUCCCUGCUGCAAACCUUAACGCCAACAGAAAGCGAGACGCUGUAUUGAGUGAACCCGCCAUUCAGGUGAGGAGGAAAGGCAAAGGGAAGCAGAUAUGGGCCCUUGAGAAGAUGGAAAACCGGCUGGUGGACAUGAGAGAGCUUUAUCAGGAGUGGAAGGACUUUGACGAGGACAACCCUGUGAUGCGCUCGUACUUCAAAAGAGCCGACCCUUUCUUCGAUGAGCAGGUGAACCACAGUUUAAUCGGGGUGGCCAACGUUUUCCUCUCCUGCCUGUUCUAUGAUGUAAAGCUACAAUAUGCGGUUCCCAUCAUCAAUCAGAAAGGAGAGGUUGCCGGGCGGCUGCAUGUGGAGGUGAUGAGAAUGGGUGGAGGAUUUGAUGACAGCGUAGCUGGAGGAGAUGACAGUGAUGGAAGCCCAGACGGCGACGUACAGGAACGCAAACUGGUCUGUAUGAUAAAGAUCCUACAGGCAACUGGUCUCCCGCAGUACCUGUCCAAUUUUGUCUUCUGUCAGUACUCUUUCUGGGACCAAGCAGAGCCUAUCAUCGUUGCCCCAGAAGUGGAUCCCUCUGCCUCCUUCUCUAGCAGCAAAGACCCCCACUGCAUGGUUGUGUUUGACAGCUGUAAGGAGAAUGCUGUGACUGUAACAGAGGAAUUUAUCGAGUAUCUAACAGAGGGUGCCGUAGCCAUCGAGGUAUAUGGACACAGGCAGGCUGAUCCAGGCAGGAACCCCGCACUGUGGGACCUCAGCAUCAUCCAGGCCAAAACACGCACUUUACGUGACAGGUGGAGCGAGGUAACACGCAAGUUGGAGAUGUGGGUGCAGAUUCUGGAGCUGAACGAGAAUGGAGAGUACAUGCCCGUGGAGGUGGUGCCAGCACGAGAUGUUCGCACCGGUGGCAUCUUCCAGCUCAAACAGGGUCAGUCUCGGCGGAUUCAGGUGGAGGUGCGUUCAGUGCAGGACUCCGGCACGAUGCCUUUGAUAGCAGAGAUCAUUCUGGGAGUGUCCAUCGGCUGUGUGGAGAUCAGACAGGUGCAGAUGACUAAAAACAAUGAGCCACAAGAGCUUGAGGGCGAUGAAAUGGACAGUUAUCAGGAGCGAGAUCUGGAGCGUCUGCGGCGUCAGUGGCUCACUGCUCUCACUAAGAGACAAGAGUAUCUGGACCAACAUCUUCAGACGUUGGUCAGCAAAACAGAUAAGUCUGAGGAUGAUGUGGAGAGGGAGGCUCAGCUGCUGGAGUGGCGUCUGACGCUCACGGAGGAGAGAAAUGCAGUGAUGGUGCCCUCUGCUGGCAGUGGAAUACCAGGAGCUCCUGCGGAGUGGGUACCAGUGCCUGGGAUGGAAACUCACAUUCCAGUGCUCUUCCUCGACCUAAGCGCUGAUGACUUCAGCUCUGAGGAGAACCUAGACGUUCCCGAGGCGGGCGGCUGGGACGCCAUGCUCAGCUCGGAAGAUGAGGAUGAAUUUUUUGACCUUCAGAUUGUCAAACACUAUGAUGGAGAGGUGAAAGCCGAAGCUUCUUGGGACUCCACGGUUCAUGAAUGUCCACAGCUGAGUCGAGGUGCCGCCCCAGAUCAGAGAGUAUACUUGAUUAUCCGCACCGUGGUUCAGCUCAGCCACCCUGCAGAGAUGCAGCUAGUCUUACGCAAACGCAUCUGUGUGAAUCUCACUGGACGGCAGGGUUUUGCGCAAAACUUCUUAAGGAGAAUGUCUACCAGGAGCACUAUUCCUGGCUGUGGUGUGACCUUUGAAGUCGUCUCCAACAUCCCAGGGCAGGACAGCCAGAGCUCAGAGGACCGGGAGAUGCUAGCCCGUGUGGCCGCCAGCGCUGAGAACCCCAAAUCCUCAGACAACGAAGCUGCCAUAGAGAAGUACCUGCGCAGCGUCCUGGCUGUGGAGAACAUCCUCACGCUGGACCGUCUGAGACAGGAGGUGGCAGUGAAGGAGCAUUUGGCAGGUAAAGGCAAGGGCAGCAGACGCAGUCUCAGCUCUCCCAGUGUGCAUCGGUUAUCUGGAAGCAGACAGGAUCUGUCACUAAACUCAGUGCUGGAUGACAACAAGAAUCGAUGGGAGAGUCAGCAGGAUAUCUUUGGGACGACAUCUCAGUUCAGCAGAACACUGCCACGACCAUCCAGACCUCCUACACCACCUACACAGAAUCAGGACCCCGAGCAAGGUUUUUCAGGGCUUGCUGCUUCUUAUAUCUCCCCAGUCAAGGCCCUGGUUCCUCAGAUGCCCAAGCUGCUCAAGUCCCUGUUCCCUGUACGCGACGACAAGAAAGAUUUGAGACCUUCUCCACACUCCCAACAGCAUAUGCCACGAAUAAUGAUGCAAACAGCCAACAACGCUGAUGAAGGAAGAGUAAGAAUAGAACCGGUUGCAGUAAUGGGGAAGAGUCCUGCUUCAGACAGACACUCAGAUGGGCCCGAUGCCCCGUCCUCUGUGCAUGAUCCGCAUGACCUGCCCCUGAGCCCCAUCAGCGAGUCCUCCAGUGGCUAUUUUUCUACUAGCGUCUCCACUGCCACCCUUUCCGAUGUCUCCAUAGCCUGCGGGGACCUUACCCCUACUCCCAAUUCCCAAGCGGGUCCCAUAGCAUCCAGGCACGACAACGAAGACUGUCUACCAACCCCUGUUAAUGCCUCUGUUGCUCCUGUAGAAGCUGGGCUAAGAUCUGACAGGCCUAGAAAAGAGGAAGAUACCCAGGCGGCCCACAGGAAUGGUGUCACCACCUCUCAGCAGGAAGCACAGCUAAAUGCAACCCCUCCCCUGGUGUUGAGUACCUCCACAGACAGCCCUUUCUCCCUCCAGAAGGUCAAAGCUAACGAGCUCAGGUCUUUCAGUAACAUUCUUGGAGAUGGAAAAGCAACCACAAUGCAAACUGACAGCCUGGAGAAGCUAGAGAUAACCUUUGAGGAUGAGGAACCCAAGGAACUCGCAUGGCUCAAGGUGGGAGGGAGAGUCACUGUCGGAUCCAGCAAGUCCGGCACGGUCCGCUACAUCGGCCCAACGCACUUCUCAGAAGGCAUCUGGGUCGGGGUUGAGUUAGACACUCCCUCGGGUAAGAAUGAUGGUUCCGUUGAAGGCCACCAGUACUUCCGAUGCAACCCUGGUUUCGGGGUAUUAGUCCGUCCAGAUCGACUGACUCGACGGGAAGCUUCCAAAAGGCAUACAGAAAAUCGCCGCAGCGGGGAGUUCAGUCAGCAACUGAGGGGAGGAGCCGGCACUGCUAUUCAGAAAGGAGAGAAUCGCAAAUCCUGGAAUAGCUAAUUGACAAUGAGCUGAGCAGGACAGAACCUCAACCUCGCAACAUCUUAAUCUGACCGAGGAGUUCAACUCCGUCCAUCACUGUGCUUGGGCUAAUGGAACAUUCUUAUACCCAACUUUGCUUGGAGGUGGUACAGCAUUCCCUCGCCAUCCCCUCUAUCAGUUCCGGUGCUAUGCUAAUCUGUAGCGUGUGGGAGUGCUAUAAAUUUUUAACAUGCUGCUUCAGCUGUGUUCCUCAAGCAAGUCUCUUUGAGUUGACCGUAAAAUUAAUCUUCCGGGUCUUUGAGAUCAACCCAUCAUUUCUGUUUGUGCCCUGGUUUUAUUAAGAGUCCAUUUUUGGACUUAAUACUACAAAUGAUGCCUAAUUUAACCUUCUCUGCACAGUCGGUUUUUAGUUUCCUGAAUGUGCCUUUUAAGUCAACCCAUUUCUUGUUUGGUGUCCCUCAUUGCACAUUCGAAACGCUAGUUAGAAUGUGGUAAAUGGUAGACAUGAAAGAGAUUAUCUCAGGGAUCCAAUCAGAGGCAUUGGAUAUGCCCAGUUGAGUUUGCAGCUGUAAGCCACUAUCAAGGAGCAUGUACAGAAGUGUCGCCCUGAGCAGGUUAAUAUAGGUUUUUGAUGUUUCUUCGUUGUGAAGUACUGUUAUUACUUGACCAGUGAUUGGAUGACUAUAUCCACUAGAUGGGAUAUUUUAUUUGGUUUAUUAUCAUUGGAAGAAUUGCUUAUCAGUAUUUUGGAGUAAACCACCUGAUUGGUGUGUAUCUUAAUUGCUCAUGGUGAAUUUUUAGACUUGACUGAAUUGGCACAUUCAGGUUUAAUCGACUGGCUUAAUUAGACCCUCUUUUAAUGGUUUAAGUGGCUUAUUUACAAUCUGAUUGGAGCACAUUUUAUUAAGCAGCCUUUUAAUUGGAAUUGGUUUAUUGAAACUACUUCAACCUCAAAUAACUUUGUGCUGCAAUCUAAAGUGGCUCAGUUUGAUUGGUUUCUAAGGACUGUCUUCCACAAGAAGGUCACGGUAAAAGUACAUUCCAGUUUUGUGUAUUGGACCAAUUACUGGCAAUACCUUCAUCUUAUUUAUUCAGAUUAAUACAUCUAAAAACAAUUUCAUCAAAUCAUUUUUGCAUAAUGUAUGGACAAAGUGGUCACAUUUAUAUCUUUUUUUUUUUAAUAAGGAGCAUGAUUCCAUGCAGAUAUGAUACUUGUUCACGUCAUGAUGGAGAAAAAGUGUGUCAUUUAAUUCCUUUUAUAUUAUAUGUGGAAACCAUCAUGUGAUUUAAGUCUAAUGCAAUAUACAUUUCUUAAAAUAUAUUUUAAUGUUUGUAGUUAUGUAAAUUGAAGUUAUAAAGUGUAAAAAUCCCAUGAAUGGAAAAUUAAUUUGCACAUUUGAUUUAUAGUAGAUAGCUUAUGUGCCCAAAGGGUACUUAGUUUUGUUGUAAAUUAACUUAAACUAACUGAAGAUCCACUGUAAAUCAACUGUAAAAAAAGACAAAAAUAUUUCAACAUUUCCAUCCAAGAAAAAAUGCAUUUCUCAACAUUUUGAAGUUGCCUUUCUCCUGCCCACAUGCAGAACAUUUUUGUUGCUUUGAUUGGCAACAAUGGCUUUCAGGCGGUAGGAUUUAAAUUCCUUGUCAUUCUUUAAGUAUUCAUUUAAAGGUAGUAGAUCGAUUGCCUACAGAAUGACAAGUCUCAACUAGGUUUUAAUACAUUUCUGUUUCAGCAAUAACAUUAGAAGUGCUUGUAGGAAUUUUAUGGUUCAUUGUUUUGAACGUAGUGAGUUACUUUAAAAAGAAAGGGGAAAUGAACUUAUUGAAGACAUUUUCAGUAAGCUGAUCUCCACGGCCCAACAUUUCAAACAUAGUUGCUUUUAACUAGAUGUGUACUAGGUGUUUUUGUUUUCAAGUGCAAUUUACCUUUUAUCCCCUCACUAAAAUGGUUGAAUGCAUCCUACUGUAUAUCCAUUCUGUUCAAAGUCUGCAGGAUCAGUAAUGACACCUCGAUCCAUCUUAAAUGGCAUACAGUAGAUCCAGAGCCAUAUCCGAGCAACCACACAGUGGCCUUUUGAAGUUUAAUACUAAAUACAGGUGUGGAGACUCGUGCUUUCCUCCUGUUUGAAAUCCUUCCCGUUAAGGGCAUCAGGAGAAAGAGGUUUUGAAGGAAGCUUUGGGCCCUGCUGUUUACACAGAUGUCAGAUGAAGCUCUUGGCAGGAAGUUGCUGCUCUACUUUUUGUAGGUUUUUUUCUUUUCCCUCCAUUUUUGGGAGCAGCGAGUGGAUGGCUCCAUCUUUCACCACUAGUCUGUUCCUCGUCCUGAUUAUUUUAUGUCAUGAAAGUUGUCCCAUAUACGGAGCGUUUGAACCCAGAGUAUACAUGUGUUUUGUAUAUAGUUCAAUCUCGAGAGUUCAAUCUGAGCACAAGGCUGGGUUUGAUUAAUUUAAUUAUCUGCAAUUCUAUGCUGAUAUCCAAAGAAUAAUCAUGUAUAAUAAUUCAUUUAUAAUUUCUUUUAUAUUGACUGUACAAUAAUCUGACUGUAAAGAAAAAUAAAAAGUGAACUGAUUUACA